AUGGGAUUGAAGAUGAGGUCAAAGUUUGAUAGUUAUUGGAAAGAGUCUAACCUGUUGAAGAAAAAUGAAGUGGUUUUAGAUCCUAUGUAUAAGGCUAAAUGGAUUGAGUUUAUUUAUAAGAAAUCAUAUGAUCCAAAUUAUUUUGAGAAUUCAGUUAGUGGAAUAAGUUCAGAUGGAAUUGAGAAUACUAAAACAACCAGAAGUGACUAUGAGUAUGAUGAGUUUAUGAUGGAAAACAGUGAGAUUGAGGUUCAGAAGACAGAGUUGGAGAAAUACUUAGAAGAACCACUGCUUAUGACAACAGUAGCAUCAGAAUCCAUGUUUAAUGUUGAUGGUAGGGUUCUUACAAGUUUAGCUCUACUUUGCUCAAGUAAUUGGUUGCCAGUUCUCAAUGACAAUGCUAGUACUGAACAAAGGCACAGCAAUGUGUCUACUACAAUCAGUUCAACAACUGAUGUUUCUGCAUCUCUACUCGUUACUUCACAAAAAUCAACCAGUGUUUGUUAUCCGCCUUUUCCACCAAAGCUUCCAGUUAUCGGAAACCUUCAUCAAAUAGGACCACUACUCCACCGUUCGUUCCAUGAUUUGUCUAGAAAUUACGGCCCGAUCAUGCUCUUACAUUUAGGUCAUUCACCAACUCUUGCAGUUUCAUCUGCAGAAAUGGCAAUAGAAGUCUUAAAAAACCAAGAUCUUCUUUUUGCAAAUAGACCGUUUACUGUUGCUGGUAAUGUUCUUCUCUAUGGAUGCACUGACAUUGCUUUCUCACCCAACAACGAAUACUUGAGAAAAAUUCGAAGGAUGUGCUCUUUUGAGUUGUUGAGCGUCAAAAGAACUCAAACUUUCAAGUUUGCUAGGGAGGAAGAAACACACAUUAUGAUCAGAAAGAUACAACUCUCGUCAGAAGAGCGAAACAAAAUUAAUUUAAGUGAAAUGUUACUUGCUCUCGCAAAUGACAUAAUAUGUAGGUGUACUCUUGGUAAGAAGUAUGAAAAGGGUGACAAUAAAAGGUAUAGAGAACUGCCAGACGAGGUGACAAAGCUAUUGGGGGUUGUCUGUUCCGGAGAUGUGUUCCCCUCGUUGAAAUUUUUGGAUGUUCUAACUGGAUUUAUCUGUAAGCUGAAAGCGCUAUCCAAAGAAGUGGAUGUAUUUCUUGAUGAAGUAAUCGAUGAGCACCUAACUAAGCAAGAAGGUGUCAAUGUCCAAGAAGAAUGCAAGGAAUACUUUGUAGACAUUCUGCUUGCAAGUCAGACGGAGCACCUGAACCUCACAAGAAACAAUAUGAAAGCAAUUCUACUGGACAUGUUUAUUGGUGGAACUGGUACGACAUCAACAACCUUGACAUGGGCGAUGUCGGAACUAAUCAAGAAGCCGACACUGAUGAAGAAAGCCCAAGAUGAGGUAAGAGGAGUAAUUGGAAAGAAACUAGAAGUGGAAGAAGAUGAUAUAAGCCAAAUGAAGUAUUUAAGAUGUAUUGUCAAAGAGACUCUCCGCUUACAUCCUCCUGUACCACUUUUGGUUCCACGGGAGAACUUAACUAGUACAAAAAUAAAAGGUUAUGAUAUCCCACCAAACACAACAGUCUUUGUUAAUGCAUGGACAAUUCAGAGGGACUCCAAAAUUUGGAAAGAACCGGAGGAGUUCCUGCCUGAGAGAUUUGCCGACAGCCAAACUGAAUACAUGGGGAGCAAGGAUUAUGAGUUUAUGCCGUUUGGGUCUGGAAGAAGAGGGUGCCCAGGCAUACCAUUUGGUGUUGCAAUCGUUGAGCUUGUUCUUGCUAACCUCUUAUUUUGGUUUGAUUGGGAGCUUCCCGACGGUGCGGACUAUGAGAGGCUUGACAUGACUAGGGGUUUCUCUAUACCUGUAGUGGCUCAAGCAAUGGGAUUUAAGCUCGUAGUGGACCUUUCCACCAGGUUGGGGUACCAUUACCAACAUAUAAUCAAUGAAAUUUGA